AUGCCACCCCCUUCCCGUGCUGCGCAAGUCAUGGGAAAAAACGCCCUGAGAAGGAAAGAAUAUAGAACGUCAGCCAAAGCUGGACUCGAUUUACCACGAAAGUUGGGCAGUUGCCCAGAAGAAUGUUUGAACUACACAUAUGCUGAAAUUGAGCAGCCAACAUACGUGAGCAUCACAGACCACACACCACCAUCAUUAAAUGUUCCACCAUCACCAUAUGCGUAUUCCGACUCCUCCGCAGAAUUCCGACUUUCAAGAUAUCGAAUGAGGUCUGCGGCGGAAAAGUCCGACGGUGGAUACUCUUCCGGAUACUCUUCGUCGUCGUCCACUUCUCUUACAACAGUUAUUAAUGGAGCUCGUCCAUAUGAAGAAACGAAGACCACCACAAUUUACACGUUCGCACCACCACCAUUACCAUCGCCGAAGUCUAUGAAUGUGACAAUCCCGCCCCCACCACAACCGGAAGUCCGACCGUGCUGCAUUCAGUGUAGAGAAAAGGAGCUCAAGGAGAUGAUUCCGGCCGAGCAUCACCAGUACGAAAAUUUCCAGAGAGACAACACAUUCAGCAAAUGCGAAGAGGUUGAACCAUAUAUUUUUCUAAUGCUCACGAUGUUCCGAAACUUACGAAAGGAUAAGGACACGCGAAAAUUGCAAAAGAUUCAACAGCGAGUCGAAAAGCUUAUGCGAUUUGAGCCCCGUCUCCCAUUCGCCAUUGAGAACGCGUCGACUUUCGAACGGCAGGUUAAAUGUUUUGCCCGCGAAGUUGAGGUUCGCCUUCGUGCCAUAAACGACGUCUCACCAGACACAUUCCGCGACGUCUCCGCCAGAUUCUGUGAAGCACUGCAUGGUUCCGGCACAACGCGAACUAUUAAGAAUUUCGUCAAGGAUGUCAAGAAACUUUUCAAGUGA